GUGAGGUACUGUGACUCACGACUCCACCUCACUUGGUCCUCAAUCACACUGACUCACGACUCACAGACUUGAGAAGGAAGCAGCUCGCAGCUCUCUUCUGUAACACCAGUACCACCCGCAGACUCGAGUCCAAAAGCGUGGCCCGCCAUCGCUGCUGCUGAUCUGCGCCAGACCUCAGAGUCGCGGCCUCAGCAACAAGCGCAUGUAGAGAUCAGCUAUUCGGGCUCGCCCGCCAAAAUGUCAUCAGACUCGGCAGAUGCAGUAGACACCCGUGAUAUCGGCGGAACAUCGACGAGCAGCUCUAGCCAAGCUGGCUUGCCCUCCCUGGAUGGCUUUGGACAACGGAAUGGCGAGCUUUUUGGUAGCAAAGGAGACUUCAAAACCAGACGCACAGAACUGCUCGCUGAGGCGCGCAAUUUGUUACCGCAAGCGGCCGACUCGGGCUCGACUCAUCGAGCAGAAGUCGCCUGGUCUACCUUUGACGAUCCAGAUGAUCGGCUCGGUGGAGAUGGCCGCGCGAGGGAAACAUCUUCGGCCAGCCGAUCUGCAGUCCUGGACUGGUCGGAUUCCAAGCUAAGGGACGACACGCUGAAGCUGAUCGAACAAUUUCUUGCUGAUGAAGGCUUUGGAGCGACAAAGCAAAUGCUCGCGGAGGAAUGGAGCGGUCAGGUGCGAGCGAGGGAAGAACAGAGCGCGGAUGCGCGAAUGUUACGCAAAGGAAUCUUGGAGGGUGCCUGGGACGAAGUAGAAAAGCUGCUAUCCAAGCCUCUGGUCAGGAGCAUCAAUGCGUUCCGCUAUGCGUGCUACAAGCAGAUCUUCCUUGAGCUGAUAGACGGUCGGGAAUUUCAGAAGGCCUUCACUUUCUUGAACAAGAGAUUACGGGGUUUGGAGCACUUUCAACCCCAUGCCGAAGAAUUCAAGGACUUAUGCUAUCUCCUCUCAGCCAAGAGCAUCACCGACGCCCCCUCUUUCAGGUCUUGGGAAGGAGCUCAGCCGGCACGAGAAGCGCUCGUCACUCAAUUCUCAGGGCUGCUCGAGCAAGAUCACCUGGAUGCUGCUGCUGCUGCUGAUGAGGCCACGGGUGGUCAUACGAGCGACCCGGCUUCUGCUUAUGUUCCACCUGAGAGGCUCAAGAGCUUGCUACAUAUGGCAGUGGCGUACCAAGUUGAAUUCAGCAAGUAUCACCCGAGGAAGGCACCUCGCGUCCGGAGCUUGCUGCAUGACUAUGAGUCUUACGUCAUUCCGGACAGCAUAUCGCAAGUGUUGAGAGGCCACAGGCGGAACGUGAAAGCACUGUGCUGGGUGGGAUCCGAGGGAUACUCGUUGCUCAGCGGCUCGUCUGAUGGCUCUGUGCGUCUGUGGGAUCAUGCUUCUGGCAGAUGUGAGGCGGUCUUGGAGCACGGAGGCAGAGUGUGGGACGUGGAUUCGACCAAAAGCGGCGCGUAUCUGAUCAGCGCUGGUGGAGAUGGAACCGCCAAAAUUUGGGCACGAGACGCGUCCGCAUCAGGCGGUGGUGCCCCUCAUUCCGCCACUACGACCGCUGCUGGAAAUGUGACAGGAGGCGCGGCUGCUGGCGUGGAGCUUAGACAUACGCUCAAAUCUUCGACUGGCGACGUAUAUGCUUGCCGAUGGCAAGAAGAUGGCAGCAGACUCUUGGCAGGUGGAUAUGACAAGCUUGUCCGACUUUACGAUGCCACUACGGGAUCGCUUGUCAGCACAUUUACGGGCCACUCGCUGGGCAUCACGAGUGUCACCUUCGAUCCUGCAGCGAGGAUAGCGAUCACAGCAUCCAAAGACACUCGGAUACGAAUCUGGGACCUCAACAGCGGCCUAGCCGUGCGCACUUUGCAUGCCCACCUAGGAGAAUGCACCAGCGUAGAGGUCGAUCCGAGCUCCAGACUACUUCUCAGCGCGGGCAAGGAUAAUCACAGCUUGGUGCACGACCUGCGUACGCUCAAGCCGAUGGUGCGCUUGAGAGGUCCGACGAAUACGCGCGCCAACUUUGUCAAGUCCCACUUUGCCCACAAUUCUCUGGUAGCUUCUGGCUCCGAAGACGGGGUGGUCCACUUGUCAGACUUGGAGUCGGGCGAAGUCAUCUCCACUCUCAAUCAUGGUCCUGGCGUGGUCUAUGCGGCCAGGUGGAACGCGAAACAAGCUGCACUGGCUAGCUGUGGAGAUGAUGGCGUUGUACGCACAUGGGCUUACCAGCCAAGCUCGAAAUAGUACUUGGAACAGGUCAUUCGCGGUCGGCGCACACGGGUGUCAAAGUGAC